AUGGACCGGAGUUGGAUAAAUUUUUUACGCACAACAAAUGAAUAUGAGAACGGAGUAGAAGAAUUUCUUGAAUUUGCAAAUAUGAAUGUUCCGGAUAAUAAUGGAAAAUUCUACUGCCCGUGUGUUAAUUGUUUGAAUGAGAGAAAACUGCCAACUAACGUUAUUCGGGAGCAUGUUCUUUGUGAUGGUUUCUUAAAGAGCUACACAAAGUGGAUAUGGCAUGGUGAAUUAAUAUACAUGCCAAGUGUAGAUGUGUCUGAAGUAGAAGAAGUUGAUCUAGAGAUGGAUGAUCGAAUGGAGGAAAUGAUUCGUGAUAUUGGACAUGAUUCCUUUCAACGUGCAAAUGUGUAUGACAAUUUGUGCAAUGACGCAGAAAAACCUCUGUACGCAGAAUGCACUAAGUAUACUCGAUUGUCAGCGGUAUUAAAAUUGUUCAAUGUGAAGGCAAGAAAUGGGUGGACUGAUAAAAGCUUCACGGAAUUACUUGAGUUGUUGAGUGACAUGCUUCCUAAAGGUAACACGUUGCCAACACGCAAUUAUGAUGCGAAGAAGAUAUUGUGUCCGAUGGGUAUGGAGUAUCAAAAAAUUCAUGCAUGCCCAAACGAUUGUGUCUUGUACAGGAAGGAGUUAGCCAUGUUACAUCAAUGUCCACGAUGUGCGGUGUCACGAUACAAACAGAAACAUAGUGAGUUUGAAUCUGAUAGUAAGGGUCCUCCGGCGAAAGUUUUCAAUGCAAAUGAUGCAAAACUCAUGAGAUGGCAUGUAGAUGGACGUACAACAGAUGGCCAUUUGAGACAUCCGGCAGAUGGUUUGCAAUGGAAGAAAAUUGAUUCCAUGUUCCCAAAUUUCUCCAAUGAUUCAAGGAACAUUAGAUUUGGACUUGCUACAGAUGGAAUGAAUCCAUAUGGUCCAAGACAACCAGGAAACGACAUUGAUAUUUAUUUAACCCCAUUAGUUGAAGCAUAUGGUAAUUUAAGUGGAUAUAGCACUAAGUGUCACAAAGCAUGCCCUAUAUGUGAAGAAGGCACAUGUCACCAUCAACUACAACAUGGAAGGAAAAUAGUAUACCUUGGACAUAGAAGAUUUCUUAGUACAAACCAUCCAUAUCGUAAAUUGAAGAAAGCAUUUAAUGGGUGUCAAGAAAAUGAAUUAGCUCCAAUGGUUUUAAGUGGAUCACAAGUAUAUGAGCGUGUGAAAGACAUUGGGGAUGUGUUUGGAAAGAUGAAAAAUAAAGGCACUUCAAGCAACAUGUGGAAGAAAAGAUCAAUUUUCUUUGAUCUCCCAUAUUGGAGGGUGCUUGAUGUGAGACAUUGUAUAGAUGUUAUGCAUGUAGAGAAAAAUGUGUGUGAUAGUAUUAUCGGAACACUCCUCAAUAUUCAAGGCAAGACGAAAGAUGGUCUAAAUGCUCGUUUGGACUUAGUUGAAAUGGGUAUAAGAGAACAAUUAGCUCCACAAUCACAUGGUAAGCGAACAUACUUGCCUCCAGCAUGUCACACAUUGUCUAAACAAGAGAAGAGAAGUUUUUGUGAGAUUUUACAAGGUGUGAAAGUUCCACUAGGUUACUCUUCCAAUUUUAAAAGACUUGUAUCCAUGAAAGAUCUAAAAUUACUUGGGUUAAAAUCUCAUGAUUGUCAUGUAUUAAUGCAACAACUUCUACCAGUGGCUAUUCGAGGCAUAUUGCCUAAGAAUGUUAGAUAUACCUUAACAAGAUUAUGCUUCUUUUUUAAUGCAAUAUGUAGUAAGGUUAUCGAUAUUGAGAAGUUGGAUCAGUUAGAAGAUGAGAUAUUAAAAGGGUAUGUAAAGAACCAAUAUCGUCCAGAAGCAUCAAUUGUUGAAAGAUAUAUUGCAGAGGAAGCUAUUGAGUUCUGUACAGACUACUUAUCACAAGUUGAAGCUAUAGGGGUACCGAAGUCUCGUUACCAUGAAAGAGGUGCUGGUAAGGGUACUCGAAGUGCAAAAGUUAUAACUCUGAGUAGGGAUGAAGUUCUCCAAGCACAUUUAUAUAUAUUGAAUAACACUAAAGAAGUCAUCCCCUAUUUAAGUUCUCAUAAAGAUAUUGUGAAGAGAAAUAAUCUACGAAUGUCUCAAAAGUGGGUCAUUAAUGAGCACAACAAAACUUUUUUGAAGUGGUUCAAACAACAGGUUCAAAAUGACAAUACAACUUCUGAUACAUUAAAUUGGCUAGCAAGUGAGCCAAACUAUGAUGUCUUAUGCUGGAGUGGGUAUGAUAUAAACAAUUAUACAUUUCAUACAAAAGACGAAGAUGAAAAAAGCACCACACAUAAUAGUGGAGUAAUGGUUGUAGCUAAAUCAAUGCAUUUCUCAAGUUCAAAGGAUAAAUAUCCGAUUAUGGCCUCAAUGUGCUACUUUGGUGUAAUUGAAGAUAUUUGGGUAAUAGAUUACAUAAGUUUCAGAGUACCUAUUUUUAAAUGUAAGUGGGUUGAUGGUAAUACUGGCGUGAAGACUGAUGAUCUAGGUUUUACCUUGGUUGACCUAGAAAAGGAAGGUUAUACUAAAGAGCCAUUCAUCAUGGCAUCUCAAGCAAAACAAGUGUUUUAUGUCACUGAUCCCGCUAACAAAAGAUGGUCAGUGGUUCUCCAAGGCAGAACCAUACAUUAUACUGAUUACAUUGAUGAAUUGAUACUUGAUAUUAGCGAAACUCCAUCCUUCUCAUCAAAUAUGCCGACCUUGAAUGUCGACAAUGAAGUAGAUGAUGUUCAUGUCGUACGUGAUGACCACAAUGAAGGGUUAUGGGAGAACAUUCUAACUUGA